UCUCAUCAAAAUAUCCUCCAUCCAAAAAUAUCUUGGCCCGAAAGCUGCACCCCUUUGACCCAUAUCGCGGCCCGUGGCUGGUCGAAAAGAGUUUAGCAGGCCCAAAACAACCUUGUACCUGUUGUUUUGAUUAUGUUAAGUGUGUCAGCCAUUUCCUGGAAGCAUCUCCUCUCCCGUGGGGACCAGUAUUAGACGACACAGUUAAAAAUCUCUGUAUCAGUCAUCGCCAUUGGAGGGAGGAUCAUGGAUUCUACCGUAAUGGCCGAAUGGUCUCAGCUCCCCAGAGAACUGGUAGAGCUCAUUUCCAAACACCUUCCAACCGAAGCCGAUUUCCUCCGUUUCCGUUCCGUUUGCUCUUCAUGGCGUUCCUCCCUUCCCUCUAAACCCUACCCUUCUUCCCUUUCCCGUUUUCCCAUUCUCCCUAAUGACGGUAUCGCCGAGAAUAGCUGGGGUUUUAAACUCUCCAAAUCUCCCAUUUUCCUUCUCCGUUCUCCUACGUCCUCCGACAACCAUGGAUGGAUCAUCAAACUCGAUCGCCGCGAAACUCCCCAAAGGAUGCGCUUGCUCAACCCUCUUUCAAGAUCCCAUUUCAAACCAGUUCCUGCGAAUUUCCCAAAGAAUUUGGAUUCCUCGCAAUACCCACUUCUUGAAUUGUGCCAGGAGUACACUCUUCAGUUCAUAAAGUAUCGGCCUAGGGCUAAUUCAAUUGCGGAUGCUGGGAAUCUGUACAUGGAAAAAGUUGCUGUGCGUCUGGAGGUAAAUGGGUUUGUGUUAUUGACGAUCCAUGUUUCUGGGAAAUUGGUGAUGUUUAGAUCUGGUGAUACGAAGUGGUCCAUUGUUGAUGAGUCGUCUUUGCCCUACGAUGAUGUUAUUAUGAAAGAUGGAAUCUUUUAUGCUGUUGAUAAUACUGGGAGGGGUGUGCUUGUUAAAUUGAGCUGUGGGUCACCUCCAGAAUUAGAAGUUGUUGCGAAUUCUGUGUUUGGGGGAGAUAAGAAGUUUCUUGUGGAGUCUUGUGGGGAUUUGUUAAUGGUUGACAAGUAUCUGAGUAUUGGACCUGAAGAUGAUUUUGGAUACAAUGAGAAUGUUGAGUUUUAUGAGGAAUUUGAUUGCUUCAUGAGCGAAAGAACGGUAAGGUUCAAAGUUUAUAAGCUGGAUGGAGAAAUGCAGAGGUGGGUUGAGGUCAAUAGUUUGGAAGAUAGGAUGUUGUUUGUGGGGGAUAAUUGUACGUUUUCUGCUUUGGUCUCCCAGCUUGGUUCUGGGUGUAAAGGAAACUGUAUACUCUUCUCGGAUCAGUUUUUCUGCAGCGAGAAUGAUAAUGUAGGAUUCUGGAAGGAUCACGGCAUUGGUGUGUUUAGUUUGGAAAAUGGCAGCAUUGGUCCAAUAAGUAGUUACCAGGGCUAUGCUGAGUUGCUUUGGCCUCCUCCUCCUUGGAUUCGUUCUCCUCAGACCAUUGAUGCCGAGCUGACUGAGCUGAAAAUCUAACUCUCUUGGAACUUAAUGGGGAUAAAAAGAAACAUGCUAGCCAGAGCUGAUGAUAUGUUGAACUUCUAAACUGUACAUAUGGUUUUCUUUGGAAAUUGACAUUUAUUUCAAGGUUUAACCGCAUAGCAACGUGCUUAUGAUGCACUAACUUGCACAAAUAAAUGAAUAAGUUAAAUUAUUUUCAUAUAGGUAUUAUGGUAAAGAAACAAGGAUCUUCAUGUGCCUUUAACUCAAUGGUGGUUCACAUCAAUUUCACCUUCUUAUAUUAAGUACUUUUCAGCUAACUGUCAGCAUAUACUUAUCAUUGAAUGGAGUAUUGUGCAAUUCUGCUGA